AUGCUUGUCAAUCAAUUUUUGUUGUCGGUCUUACUACCGAUCACUAAUUCUGUUGAAGUUGCAGCUAUCGCUCAUGAUUCAGGUGUCUCCGGGCCCUCACUGGAACUGAUUCAUGAAUACUAUGACCAGUGGCCCACAGGCGUCGCUGUCUCAUCAACUGGCCGUAUCUUUUCAUGCUAUCCCCUUGGAUUGGACUCCAGCAAUACCAAAUACAAAGUUGCGGAGCUGAUCAUCCGCACCGCCGAGACACCUUAUCCCUCUACUAAGAUCAACUCUCCACCAGGAGGGCCAUAUAACUAUUCUACAACUCCGGCAUUCAUUAGCGUGCAGAGCAUAUAUAUCGACGCGAAGGACAGACUGUGGAUUCUUGAUACCGGCCGUGCCCAAACAGCAGAUGGCGAUCUGCUGCCAUCUAGUUAUGGCGGGCCAAAAAUCGUGGGAAUCAAUAUCACCACGAACGAAGGAUUUCAGACAAUUCUCUUCCCACAAGAUGUGGCAUACCCAGAAUCGUCCGGGCAAGGCGUUGCCUACUUGACAGAUUCAAGCUUCACGUACAACAAUGGUAUCGUGGUCGUGGAUCUCGGAACCGAGGAAUCAUGGCGUCACCUCGAUACCCUAGCUUGGCUUACUAUCUGGGCCGAUUCAGUGCAGACACAAUUAACUGGUGUCGACGGGAUCACUGUCUCCGCUGAUGGCGAAACACUGUACUUCGGCGUUGUGAGUGGGCGGUACAUCUACUCCGUACCGACUGUCCGUCUGCGCGAUCAUACAUCCACAAAUGCGGCUAUGAAGGCAACAGCAGCUGUGAAUCGUUUGGUUCAAAAAGGCGUGAGUGAUGGGUAUGAGGUCGACUCGAAUGGGUACAUCUAUUUGGGUAGCUUUGAGAGUAACGCGAUCAAUGUUUUCUUUCCUGAUAACCUGACCGUGUCGACUUUUGUACGGGAUCCACGCAUUGGAUGGAUGGAUACAUUGAGUGCUGUCAAAUUGUCGAGUAAUGAGACUGGCUCGGGAGCCACGAAGGGGUAUCUGUAUUUUACUGAGAAUCAGUUGUGGCGGUCGACUCGUCAGAAGCCGUAUGGGUUGUUUCGUGUUCCGUUGCCAGAUGGAGGACAGAAGGUUACCCUGGGUACGAGCUAA